AUGCUGGCAGAUGUCUUAUUUGGUUCAGAAUUCUUGGCUCUAUCAGGCCAUAUGCGUUUAACGAUUUGGCUAGAAUGUUUGAGUGAUUUAUGUACAUUAUUCACUUAUUUACCAUUAUUAGAAUAUUUAUCAAUUCAAGGAACUUCUCGUACUAAUUUGGAUGAUAAUGAACAUGCAAUAUUGAAAUCGUUUGAAUUUAAUAAAUUCACAACAAAAUUAAUUUAUUUUAAAUUAGUACCUGGUGGUCAUCGUUCAUUCGAUUAUGACUUAUUCGAUCGAAUUAUUCGAAAUUUAACAAAUUUAAAAUCUCUUUCAUUUGAUCUAUUUACAAAAGAACGAAAUAUUGAUGGUUAUCGUCUACAAAAAACAUUAUCAUCAAUAAAUUUAUCUUAUUUAGAAUUUCGUUUAGUUUUAUGUUACUAUGACUAUCCAUGCCAUCGUAAUCCUCAAAUAACAAAUGAAAAUGUAUAUUUAUGUUCAACAUUUACGCAAAUUCAACAAUGGAAUAUUUGUUGUCAUUAUGAUGUAUUAAGACAAUCAUAUUUAAUUUAUACGAAACCGUGGAUAAAUAAUGUUGCAUUUGGUUGGAUAUUUGAAGUAUUGAUCAAUACGGAAUUAAAAAAUGAUUUUUAUAAUGUUAAAUAUGUUAAUUUUUGUAAUUCAGAUAAGCAACAUUUAACGUUUAAUUUAUUAACAAAAUAUUUUCCGAAUAUUAUUCAUCUGAGAUUAUUUCAAGAAUUCGAUCCUUCUCCUUCUUUAUUAUCGUUAAGAAGUACAACAGAAAUAACAAAACCAUUAAUAUUAAAUUAUUGUACGACAUUAAUAACACAUGAUAGUACUUCAUCAUCAUAUUUUAAUCGUAUUUUAUCUGUUUUACCAAAUUUAGAAUAUCUUACAGUACAAAAUAAUUGUUUAUACGAAUGUGAAAAAAAUUUAAUACCAAAACGAAUUCGACGAUUAAAUUUAAUUGUAACAAAUCGGUUGUAUGAAUUAACGAAUUCUACAUUAUGUCGUUUUCUACAAUUGUUAGAAUGUUUGUGGAUUGAGGAUAACAAUGAUACACCAUCAUCAGAAACAAUGAACAUUGUACAAUUAGUAGAACAAUUAUUCACACAAUUACCAUUUUUAUACAAUUUUAAAUAUAUAAAAGAAAAGAAAAAUAUUGAUUUUAGUGUAGAAUCAUUUGAUAAAAUGCUUUUGUUUUAUAGUGUAGAAUUAGAGGACAACUUUUAUGAUGAAUCGUGUUUUCGAAGUGGAGAGACAACAGCUAAACGAUGGAUUUCUUCUGAAAUGACCACGCCAUUCUUUAGCAAGGGACGGGGUAGAUCCCUUAUAUUGUCGGAUUUUCUAACAGCACACCCAGAUAAUCCCUUUUUUCAACUAUCGGUUGGUGAGUGGAGAGCAGCGACGGCAAAACAUCCUGAAUUAUUAGAAGAAGAUUAUAUUAAAUAUAUUGAAAGGUCUGCAUCGGCAUCAAUUCAAGUCGGAUACGAGGGAUACUUCGACAACGACGCAGUUAUUAGCCAGUUUACUCGUUUGUUCAAGAUGUUACCGUUCAAGGAAGCAUAUCAAAAUCAUUCUAUUAAUAUUAUAGUUGAUAAUGCUCGUACUCACAGUGCUAAGGAAUUUUCGUUGGAAGGAUUCGGUAUGAAAGUUAACACACGCUAUGCCGUUGAUCAGAUUCAAUAUUUUGAUGAAACGGGAAAACAGCAAACAAUUGAUUGUUACUUCAAGCGUGGUGAAAAUAAAGGAAAAUCAAAGGGAUUACUUGUCUUAGCGAAGGAACUAAAAGUCAAGAUACCGGUCAACGUCAAAUUAGAAGAAUUGAAACGUUUGUUAGGUUUACAUCGUGCAUUUCAGAAUGUAAGAUUAUUUUCCGUCUUCUCUCCUUUGUUAUUUGAGGGUGUCGUCGUUUCUUAUAAUUUUUGUAGGCAUCUAGGUUAGAGAAGGUUGCUGAGCAGUACGGUGUCACGAUAUCAUUCUCGCCAAAAUUCCAUUG